CCAGGCUGUCAGCUGUGGCCCGGGGCGCCCGGGCGGCGGUGGUCGCGGCCAUUGGCGGAGCGGCGGGAGGGGCGGGGCCUUCGCGAGCGGCUGCGGGCAAAGCGGUGCGCGCGGAGGCAGGCAGGCAGGCGGCGGCCGGCUGGGCGGCGGGGCUGCUGCGUUCCGUCCUGGCCAUGGCAGCGGCGCCCCUGAAAGUGUGCAUCGUGGGCUCGGGGAACUGGGGUUCAGCUGUUGCAAAAAUAAUUGGUAAUAAUGUCAAGAAACUUACGAAGUUUGCCUCCACAGUUAAGAUGUGGGUCUUUGAAGAAACGGUUAAUGGGAGAAAACUGACAGACAUCAUAAAUAAUGACCAUGAAAAUGUAAAGUAUCUCCCUGGACACAAGCUGCCAGAAAAUGUGAUCGCCGUCCCAAACCUCGGCGAGGCCGUGAAGGACGCAGACCUACUGGUGUUUGUCAUCCCCCACCAAUUCAUUCACAGAAUCUGUGAUGAACUCACCGGGAGAGUGCCCAAGGACGCGCUGGGAAUCACCCUCAUCAAGGGCAUAGACGAGGGUCCUGAGGGGCUGAAGCUCAUUUCUGACAUCAUCCGAGAGAAGAUGGGCAUUGACGUCAGCGUGCUCAUGGGAGCCAACAUUGCCAGUGAGGUGGCUGCAGAGAAGUUCUGUGAGACCACCAUUGGCAGCAAAAUAAUGGAGAAUGGCCUUCUCUUCAAAGAACUUCUGCAGACUCCAAAUUUUCGAAUUACCGUGGUCGAUGACGCAGACACUGUUGAACUUUGUGGUGCUCUUAAGAACAUCGUAGCAGUGGGAGCCGGGUUCUGCGACGGCCUUCACAGCGGGGACAACACCAAAGCGGCUGUCAUCCGCCUGGGGCUCAUGGAGAUGAUCGCCUUCGCCAGGAUCUUCUGCAAGGGCCAGGUGUCCACGGCCACCUUCCUGGAGAGCUGCGGCGUGGCCGACCUCAUCACCACCUGCUACGGAGGCCGGAACCGCAGGGUGGCCGAGGCGUUUGCCAGAACUGGGAAGACCAUUGAAGAAUUGGAGAAAGAGAUGCUGAAUGGACAGAAGCUCCAAGGACCUCAGACUUCUGCCGAAGUGUACCGGAUCCUGAAACAGAAGGGGAUGGUUGACAAGUUCCCGUUGUUUACUGCAGUGUAUCAGAUCUGCUAUGAAGGCAAACCCGUUCAAGAGAUGUUGUCUUGUCUCCAGAGCCACCCAGAGCAUGUAUAAAGUGGCUGGUGCAGCGUGUUGGGGAACGCGCUGCCUUUCUGAUCAGUCUUUUCCGUUCAGAUGGAAACAGACUGGGCAACACAAUGUUCGCUUGACCAUCAUCUCGUCAUGGGUGCGGAUGAAUUUUUACCAGUUCAUUUUUGAACUGCAAGAAGCAGUUCACUAGCUAAGAUGUGGUGGGCAACAAAUAGACACAUGUGUGAGCGUGUGAGUCUGCGUUCAUUUCUCAUGCUGUGGAUGUUUCUAUGAACCAAAAUUAAAGGUCCUUUUUAAAAAUUACUUUUGAAAUUUUCCCACCAUGGUAACUUAGAAGGAUGGGAAUGAAUCUCAGCUAAAUUUUUUACAUCAGCUCCAUAUGCAUUUGAGUGAAGGGUUUUUUUUUCUUCUUCUUCUUCUUCUCAUUCUCUUAAUGUUAAAACUGAACCAGCAUUAACAUGGUAGAACAGAGGCGUGAGUGUGUUCAAAGAUCAACAUACUGUAACUUAAACUCUAUCUCAAAGCCAGCAUAAUUAACUACUUUGAUUGUGGGUUGGUCUUUUUUUAACAAUUAGAGAUUUUUAAUUAGAUGAUCCACUUAUGUAUCUUCCUCUUUGCAGUUUUCUGCAUUUUUAGCCUCUUUUCUCUUCAUUAGCUGCCAGAAUGUGCUUCUCCUAAAGGCUCAGCAGUGGCGGAAGGCAGAAAAUGCAUCUGGGAUUUUCCUGCUGUGACCAGCACGUUCUACUGAUUAAUGACCUUUGGAUGAUGCUUUUUGUUAGGUAGUCCUUUUGUGCAAACAUUUCCUGUAAGCCUCACAGAUCCACUGAGAUGGGACUCCUAUUAUUUCCUCUUUUGAGUUGCAGUCACUGGUCACCUGGGGAGUCGGGGCAGAGCUGGCUGUCAAGUCCAGUGUUCCUCCACCCCACCAGGGUGCCCAGACCCCAUGCAUCACUGGGCUGACUUGACCCCCAGCUAAUUGGCUGUGGCAGAUGCCAUGUGCAGCCUUUCCUGAGUCCAUGGCAAGGCUUCCUGCAGCUGAGAUUUGCAUGGGUUGUUGCCUAGAUGGAUGCCACUCAAAAUGUCCUCCCAUCAGCUUCACUUAGAGUCUCUCAUAAAUGCAGGUUCCCAAGUCCCACUUCAGAGCUCCAAAGUGGGGUAAGGUAUCUAUUCUUUAAUAUGUCUUCCAUGUAUUCCUGAUGCUCACUACAACUUGAGAACCACUACUUUAGAAAUUUUACCUACAUUGGCAUUUCUCAAACCACAUGCCAUAGGAAAUGAGCAUCCUGGGAUCCCAUGGUUGUUCUAGGUGUUCUCUGGCAAGGCCAAGUGCGUUUGGGGAAAGCUGCCUCAGCACACCCCUCCUGAAGGUGUAGAGUGUAUAUUAGCAUAUCAGUAGAACAUGUCGAACCCAGAGAGUUCCAAAUACAUUAGACUAUGAAGAUUCUUUUUGGCAAAGAAACUUGCCAAGUUUUCAAGGGAACACUGCUUUAGGCUGAGGUGACCCGAGGACAGCUCAAGCAUACCCUUCACUCCUCGGAAAAGUUAGGAUGAAGAACUACCUACCUGUGGUAUUGUUAGCUAUGAACUUUUACAGUUCAGGCCUGCAAUGAAUCUUUGAUGAAGCUUUAAGGUGACACUGUCAAGUACAACCAUGUAGAUGUCAACCUCGCUGAAACGCACAUUAUGUCAAAUAAGUGCUUUUAAUUCUAGAAUUAGAAUGGGAAUUACUGUAUCUUCUUAAAAGAGAUUGAUUUCAGGACAGCAUUAUAGUUACCUUACAUAGCACUUGGUAAGUGUUAAGGGAAUAUAUGAAUGUCACUUAUAUAUUCAUGGAUUUUCACUUUGUGAGAUUUUGACUUUUUUUUUUUUUUUUAAUUUUUCAGCUUGGGACUUUUUUCCUUCUAUACCUGAAAUGAUUGUAGAAUAGAUUUUUGUGGGAAUUUAAAAAACUCAAUCCAAAACAUUCUGGGGGAGGCAUUUUAAAUCCUCAUACACAGAAGUAUAUGAAAGCACAUGAAAUCCACAAUUUUCAUUGAUUUUAGUGCCACUGUUAAUCAAUUUUUGCUUGUCUCAUGAUUAAUCUUUUUAAAAAUGUGUACAUAGAUAACAAAGUGUUACUUUUAAAGAUACUUAAAGGGCUGUAAGCUAAUUGUGGUGUCUGUUAAGUGGGAUAAUUAGAUGUGAAGAGUUAGGAUUUUGUUUUACAUAUAUUCUCAUCUGCAUUCAGCUUCCUACUCUGAGUUUUGUACUUGACUGUUUUUUCUUUAUGAGUGUUCUCUUGCCAGUCUGGUCUGCUGACUAUAUCUUUUGAACAUACUUCUGAUAUCCUGCAUAUUAUGGAAAGAGGCAAAUUUUAUAAGUUUGUGCUCUGCUAACUGUAGAUAUUUAUUACUCUACGAGUUAUCUAUUUUUGUAAGCCUGUGGUCCAUCAUUUAUUUUAAUUCUCAUUUCUUACUAAUUAUGGUAAUAGGGAGGGAGACAUCUAGAGGAAAAGCCUAAUUUGUACUACUUCAGCAAAUCUGUGAAUGUAAAAACUUCACUGUUGCCUUGCUAUAAUCCAACCUACUAUAUAAUGUGGAACAAAUAUCUGUCUUGAAAUCCAUCCUAGCAGGUUGAGUUGAGCUAAACUCCUUCUGGUUUUUCAUCUAACUAAAACAUGGCCCCAUGGCAUCAGCCCACGGAGUGAUGAGGUGCCUGUGUACAAAGGGAUCUUUCGUUUUUCCACCACUUCUAAUCUAAGAGCCUUUUACUUACAUGUGUACUGAAUCUGUUUACAGACUGUAGGUGGAUAUAAUUUAAAGACUUGAUUUAAUAAACAUUUAAUGCCCCAAA